AUUUGAUUUGGAUACACGUUGCUCAAUAAAGUUUGAGAGAAUCUUUAGAUUAAAAAAAGUUUGCAGCUUUGAGACAUAGGAAAGGAGACCAGGGCGCUACUUUUGAAUUUUUGACCAGUUUCGAUCUUUAAGAGAUGGGCAAAGCUGCAAGGUGGCUGAAGGGUUUAUUAGGCAUGAAAAAGGAGAAAGAAAAGGAUAGUAAAGACCAAAAUUCAUCAAAUUCGUCCGUUUUAUACGAUAAAAAAGAGAAGAAAAGGUUGAGUUUUGCCAAGUCAAUUAAGGGUGUUGAUGAAAUUCCUCCUAGUCCAAGGAAUGUUUUUACAAGUAUAGACGGUGGUGCUUGGCUGAGAUCCUACGUUGCUGAAUCUGAGAAUGAUCAAAACAAGCAUGCAAUUGCGGUGGCAACAGCCACCGCAGCUGCAGCGGAUGCCGCCGUAGCGGCAGCAAAGGCGGCAAUGGCGGUGGUGAAGCUAACUAGCAACGGAAGAACCUCUACAUUCGGCAGAGGGAGGGAAAGGUGGGCGGCUAUGAAAAUUCAAACCAUGUUUAGAGGCUAUUUGUCUCGGAAAGCGCUUAGAGCUUUGAGAGGGCUGGUUCGAUUACAAGCUCUGGUUAGAGGCUAUCUUGUAAGAAAGAGGGCUAUUGCAACUUUGCACAGUAUGCAUGCUCUUCUAAGAGCACAAACAUCAGUUCGUUCUCAGCGGCUUCGUCGCUCCUUCAACAAGGAGAAUUCGUAUUGUCUCGAAAACAGGAAUCGGAAAUCCUUUGAACGAUUUGAUGAACCAAGAAGUGAAAUUCACAGCAAAAGACUGUUUGCAUCAAUGGAAACCAGUGCAUAUGAUGACAGCCCCAAAAUUGUCGAAAUUGAUACAUUGAAGACAAGAUCAAGGUCACGUAGGUUCAACCUCAAUGCAUUAUCAGAAUGUGGGGAUGAAUUGCCAUACCAGACAAUAUCAUCGCCUCUUCUAUGUCCGGUUCGAGCAUCAACACCCAAUCAUAGAAAUGUUAAUGAUUUCGAAUGGUGUUUUGCUGGCAAGGAAUGUAAGUUUUCUACUGCUCAGACCACUCCUCGUUUCGGUAAUACCAACUGGACGUUGAACGCUCCUACUACACCAUUGAGUGUGUGCGGGGAAAGAUAUUUUAGACAACCUUACUCGAACCUCCCGAACUAUAUGGCAAACACACAAUCUUUCAAGGCCAAGUUAAGAUCUCUCAGUGCCCCAAAGCAAAGACCAGAGCCAGGAGCGAAGAAUAGACCUUCCCUCAGUGAAAUAAUGGCAGCGAGGAACAGCAUGAGUGAAGUUCGAAUGAACAAGCCAUGUUAUCAAGUUGAUGAAACUUUGGAAUUUUGAUAGAGAAAUCCCCGAAGUUUGAUGUU